AUGGGCCCUCUCGCGCUGGUGCUGGCGCUGAUGGUGCCGCACGUGUUCUACGCGUGGCUGUGGCACUUCCCGCUCCCGUUCUACGCGGUCUUCAAGGACCGCUCCGUGGACGUGUUCGCCUACAUCGCCGGCGUGAUGAAACUCGUGCAGUUUGCCGCCGUCGGGAGCUGGUACAUCACGACUGACGCGCCCGCGAAGCUCUCGUUCACCUCGCUGUCUCCGUGGCUCGAGGUGCACCCCCUUCAAUACCUGCUCUUCGGGGGCCUCGUCUUCGUCGGACAGUCGCUCAACACAGGGAUUUACAAAGCCAUCGGGCUGCCCGGGGUGUACUACGGGUGCAAGCUCGGCCGGUCCAUCCCCUGGCACACGGGCUUCCCCUUCUCCGUGUGCCCGCACCCGCAGUACGUCGGCUCCGUGGCCACCGUGUGGGGCCUCGCCGCGCUGGCCUUCUACCACGCGCCGCCCGGGAUCGGUGCGCUCGCGCUGUACUGGACCGCGCUGUACGCGGGCACGGGCCUCGUCGAGCAGUACCUGUGA